AUGGGGAGCUUAUUGAAUGAAAUGCGCUUCCGGAUAUGCUACCAGAAUUGGAUGAUGCAGCAGCAAGAAGAUCUCAAGGAGCUCUUAGAAGUUUACCACGAAAACCGAAACGAUGAACAAAAACUUCGUCUUAUCAUCGACAAAACCAUCAAACACUUGGAAGAGUAUACCGAUAAAAGAUCCCAACUUGCAGUAGACGACGCACCGUCCUUCUUUUCACCAACUUGGUUGACUUCCGUAGAAAACUGUUACCUUUGGCUUGGUGGUUGCAGACCCUCCUUAUCGAUUCGACUCGUUUACUCACUUUGUGGCUCAGAGCUGGAGGAACAUCUCACUGAAUUCUUGCAAGGAGUGAGAACAGGCAACUUAGGUGAAUUAUCGGCAGAUCAACUCGGUCUUGUCAGUGACUUGCAGUGCAGAACAAUUAAGGAAGAAGAGGUGCUUUCAAGCAAGAUGGCUGGUUUGCAAGAGAAUAUAGCUGGCCAUCAACUGACUGCGCUUGCUAAUAACUGGGAUCACGACUCGAGCACUGCUGCUGAUCAAUCCACUUGGCAAGAAGUGCGUCAGGCUCUGGAUUCACAUGCUAAAGCUCUGGCUAGUAUAUUUGUUGAAGCAGAUCAGUUGAGGCUGAAUACUUUGAAAGAACUCACAGGUAUCUUAACACCAUAUCAAGCUGUUGACUUUCUCGUUGCUUCGAAGAAACUCCAUAUCUGUAUCCAUCAGUGGGGUCUAAGAAGAGGCAGUCAGCGUGGAGCGGCAGACGAGGGAGAACCGGCCUAG